AUGAAGAUGGUGGGAAACGGCAUUGCCGCGCUCGGCAUGAUGAUGAUCGUUCAUACAAUGUCAGCAACGGCACAGAAUAUGUCGUACGGAACCAACAACUUCUACCGCAGUGACAACGUGACGGUCCAGCCGAUCACCUUCCCGAGCCAAUAUCGGAUGACUAUCGCGGGCAACCUCUUCAUCAGCAACGACCUCAAUCGCAGCGUCGACACGCCGGCCAUCGUCGUCGGCCACCCCAUGGGUGCAGUGAAGGAGCAGAGCGCGAACCUCUACGCCACAAAGUUGGCCGAGCAGGGCUUCGUCACAGUCUCGCUCGACCUCCCGUUCUGGGGUGGCAGCGAGGGUGAGCCGCGCAACGCAGUGUCGCCGGACCUCUACGCAGAGGCGUUCAGCGCGGCUGUCGACUAUCUCGGCGCGCAGGACUUCGUCGCUCGCGAGCGGAUCGGCGCCCUCGGCAUCUGUGGCAGCGGUUCCUUCGUGAUCAGCGCGGCCAAGAUCGACCCGCGCAUGAAGGCGAUCGCGACGUCGAGCAUGUACAACAUGGGCGCAGUCAACCGCAACGGACUACAGGAAUCGCAAAGCAUUGAGCAGCGCAAGGAUGCCAUCGCCACAGCGGCGCAGCAGCGCUGGACUGAGGUGGAUGGCGGCGAGAUCCAGUACACCAGCGGCACCCCGAACGAGAUUACAGCGGAUUCGCCUCCGGUUGCACGCGAGUUCUACGACUUCUACCGCACCUCCCGUGGCGAGUUCACACCUGAGGGCUCGACGCCGGAGCUCACGACGCACCCGACGCUCUCGAGCAACGUGAAGUUCAUGAACUUCUACCCAUUCAACGACAUCGAGACGAUCUCGCCGCGUCCGAUGCUGUUCAUCUCGGGCAACCAAGCGCACUCGCGCGAGUUCAGCGAGGACGCUUAUGCGCGUGCGGCAGAACCGAAGGAGCUGUUCUGGGUGGCUGGUGCCGGUCACGUCGACCUUUACGACCGUGUGGAUCUCAUCCCAUUCGACAAGCUUACCCAGUUCUUCUGGAGGAAUCUCGGUGGGAACUGA